AUGUGCAACUAUGUCCUCAACGUCACCAAGUGCCGUCAGUGCGGCCGCACCAUCAGUUCGUCUCAGUCCGAUUUCGUCUACUGCCCGUCUUACAAGAACGGCAUCAGCUGCCAGACCAUCCAGCGCGACUGCCGCACUCAGCUUACUUGCUGCUCGAGUUGCCAGAGCGCCUAUCAUCUCGAACCU